AAAAACGAGGAAUUGUGAUAAAUAAAUAUUGCCAGUUAAAGAGCAAAAAUAAAAAAAAAUUGAACUUAACUAGAUAAUAGUACGAGUGAUAAUAGUCAGACGAAAGAACAACUAAAGUAGUGAAGGAAACUGCAACUGCAACUGCAACUGCAACGGUCGUCAUCAACUGUCAUAAAAAUUUAUUGAUAAGCUACUCAAGCAUAUUAAACAGACUCACUGGGUGCACAAAUUAAGUUAACAAUCAACAAUUCAAAGUACAAAUAGCUUUGGAUAAUGUCUAAGGAACAAGUUAAACUUGAUGCCACCAAGCAGGUAACCAGUCCUGAUGACUGUGAGGAUCUCAGUCCUAUGCCACAAACAGCUGCUCCACCUGUGCGACGACGUGGAGGUAUAUCCGCUGAACCAGUCACUGAAGAAGAUGCUACUAGUUACGUUAAAAAAGUUGUACCCAAAGACUAUAAGACAAUGGCUGCUCUUUCGAAAGCAAUUGCUAAAAAUGUGUUAUUUUCACAUUUAGAUGAAAACGAACGUUCAGAUAUUUUCGAUGCAAUGUUCCCUGUGACACAUUUAAUGGGCGAAAAUAUUAUACAACAAGGUGACGAGGGUGACAACUUCUAUGUACUUGAUCAAGGGGAAGUUGAGGUAUUCGUAAACUCAGAAAUGGUAACCACAAUUGGAGACGGUGGUAGUUUUGGUGAAUUGGCACUAAUUUAUGGUACACCUCGUGCUGCUACUGUACGAGCAAAAACUGAUGUAAAACUUUGGGGUAUUGAUCGGGAUUCAUAUAGACGAAUUUUGAUGGGUUCAACUAUACGUAAAAGAAAAAUGUACGAAGAAUUCUUGUCACGAGUUUCAAUUUUAGAGAGUCUUGAUAAGUGGGAACGUUUGACUGUCGCUGAUGCACUUGAGACUGUAUCGUUUGAGGAUGGAGAAACAAUUGUUAAGCAAGGUGAACCAGGUGAUGAUUUCUACAUUAUAGUAGAGGGUUGUGCUGUUGUGUUGCAACGACGUGCUGAGCAAGGCGACGAACCUGCAGAAGUUGGUCGUUUAGGUCCAAGUGAUUAUUUUGGUGAAAUCGCUUUGCUUUUAGAUCGUCCUAGAGCAGCAACAGUAGUGGCAAGAGGUCCACUAAAAUGUGUAAAAUUGGAUAGAGCGAGGUAA